AUGAUGAGAAAAAGAAGUAUGGUGACCCAAGAAGAAUUGGUCAACGUGCAUCAUUCCUUUGUCAUGAAACACAUAUCCGAUUCUGACGGUGACGGACUCGUGGUGACAGGAACCUUUGUCCAGUACGUAUUUUGUUCCAACGAAGACCUGAUAGAAUCUGAAAACAACAAGAAUGAAGAGGAAGAGGACGGUAGUGAUAUAAAGGGAGUUCACUUUGAGUAUCGUUUCAAUGAUACAUCUGCCGAAGAUGAGAAGUAUUUUGUACAAUAUCAAGGCGUUGAAAUUCAGGAGCACACGGACAUGGGAAAACUGUUCAAACACAGUUACUAUAUCAAGAUUCCAUUGGCCCUGGAUGUAAAAUUAGACUGCUUUCCAUUUCGAGUCAUCAGUGCCAGCCUACUGGUGGAACUGACAACCUUUACAACGGACGACAAGAAACUGAGGGUACGACCGGAUCUGAUGGUUCACAAACGAGACAAGACCAACAUGUUCUCCAUUCAGCCAGACUUGUGGCGUGAGGAUUCACGGUCCCCAAUGCAACAAGCGAACGAUAUCAUGGAUCAAUCGGAAAACUAUGAUCUAGUGUCUCCAUUCCCACGCGUAUCUUACAUUUACAAUUCUCAAAAGAAUUAUUGCCCCAAGUUUCGCGUUCAAUUUCUCAUGGUGCAGAACGGUACCAAGAAACUGCUGGAAAUUCUCGUUCCCAUGGUUUUGAUUGCUGCUCUCAAUACUUUCCACGUCAUGGGGGGAGAAGUAACUGACAUUCCGGAUUACACUGGGAAUUCGGCAAACUUUGCUCUGUCGGUCCUCAUCUUUUUGCCCACCAUUAGCAGCGGAACGGGUCAUAUCCAAACCUUGUGGAGGGCAAGCAACAUGUACAUUAUUACAAUCAUCCUUGCUUUGGCGUUGUCCAGCGUGCCGUAUGAAUGGGUAGGAUUCAAUCAUAUUGCAAGUGCGGGUAUGAUUCUGUACUGGGUUUCCUUUUUGUUUCCCAUCAUCAAUUGCCUUCGAUACGUGAGGUUUGUCCGACAUGCCAAGUUCCACAAGGCAGGAGCCGGAAUGCAUUUUUGGGCAUCGGAUGACUAUUCUGAUAGUCGAAAUGAUCCCUAUGAUGAAACUCAAUACGAUGCCAAAUCUUCCUUUGUCAAGGUUUCCGAGAUUGUCAACGAUAGUGAUGAACAAGGCUUGCAAUUGAAAGCAAUGGACUUUCGAAUUCGAACCGUAAACAAGUCUCAAAUUUUGGAGUUUGCUUCCAUGGAAGAAAUUAAAGCAAGGCUCAUAGAGGAGGUCAUGCCGUUGCAUAUUCAGAAGAGUGAUGAGGAAGUCAUGUUCAUCUAA